AAUUAAGAUGUGACAAUCCUAUACAGCCCUCCCACACAGUCCCACUUGCCCAGAUGCAUAUAUUAGACCCCCACGCCUCCCCCUUUCAUCCUCAAUAAAUUCUCCUUCUUGUUAAUAGCUUCUGCAAGCAACCAGGAGGACAGGGUCGAGUGGCCUUAGCCAAAGUCCUCCAUGGAAAUUGGUGGGUUCGGAGAAGACGAUAUGGGCGUUUGCCGGCGGGGUGUUGAAGUUGUAAGGUUAUUCCAUCGGAGGGCGUGCAAUUCCAUUUCCUCCCACUUCAUUCCUCCUUCGUAAUCCUCUUCUUCCAAUCAAACCUUUCCCGGAAGGCACAGCAGCCCCAGGGAGAACGAAAUUGGUUUGGAGGUUUUAGCCUUCCCGAAUAGUUGGUGAUUUGGGCUCCGCCCCCGUUGCUUUAACAUGUCGGGUCUUCAGAAGCGGCGGCAGCAGCAACCAGUCCCCACGGAUGGCGGAUUUCUUGAACGACCCCUGAUUGAGUCUGAUGAUAUCAUAAUUGAUAUACUGUCAAGGCUACCAGUGAAAUAUUUGAUCCAAUUGCGGUGUGUAUGCAAGUCAUGGCGCUCUUUGAUCUCUGAUUUGCAUCUUGUUAGGAAGCACCUGAGACGGGCAGUGACAGGGGUUAACCGUAAUAGCUAUAGGCUUCUUAUUUCAGACAGUCCUUUCCAAUCCAUAGACUACGAAGCACUCAAGGAUGUCAGUGUAUGUGUGCAAAGCUCUUUUCUUUGUUUUCAAUUGCCAGUAACGCUUGAACGUAUGAGUGUUGUGGGUUCUUGCAAUGGCUUGAUAUGUCUAAAAGGAAACAAAGGCGAAGUUCUCUUAUGGAACCCUUGUACCAGAGUUACCAAAAUGUUACCAGGAAUUGCUUGUUUUUAUUUUUGUCCAAAGUUUUAUGGAUUUGGUUAUGAUUCCACCAUUGAAGAUUACAAGGUUAUAUUGGGUGGCGAAUCUACAACUGCAGAUGGCAUGAUGAUUGCGGUCUUUACACUAAAAUCAGGUUUGUGGAGGACUAAACAAUACCUUGACUCUUUUAAAUUGCAUGGGCAAGGGUGCUUGGUUAACGGAGCUCUACAUUGGGUAGAGCUUAAAUGGAGUGGGGAGGAGCUCCGCCCUGUACUUAGUUCAAGAAUCAUCUCUUUUAUUUUGGCGGAGGAGAAUAUUGUGCCGCUGCCCUAUCUUCACAUCCAAAGUUAUAUCUCCAUUCGUAUUGGGACUAUUGCAAAUCGUCUCUUUGCAUAUUUGUUCAAUGACGUCAGUUUGAGUGAUAUUGCAAUAACAGUAUGGGUGAUGAAGGAUUAUGGUGUCCAUGAAUCUUGGACUAAAAUCAUACAAAUUCCUUUGAAGUCGUUACGUCAAAUAAGUAUGAAUUUUGUGAAUAUUAUCUGCAUUUUAGAGAAUGAUGAAGUUUUGAUGAGUUGUGAUUCAAGUUACUUGGCUUUAUACAAUCCAAAGGAAAAUACAUUGACGAAGGUUCUUAAAACUCCUACUAAUUUGUUGACUGAAGCAACUAUGUAUGUGGAGACCUUAGUUUCACCAGUAAUUGGUGGUGGCGCCAACAUCUGAAACCAAUGAUGUUAGAUUUAACUGUUCAGUUAGGUUUGGUACGAUGAGGGCGCCCCAAUGUUAGUUCAGAGACCGCCAGAAAUGGUUUUGAUGGGGGAAAAUGAGCACGCGGUAUGCAUGCUUUCAAGAAGACCAACUGGAGCAACCAGGGUUGAAAACUACGAAGGAUGCGAUUAUCUUGCCAGGACCUGACCUGCCAAGUUUGAACACGAUCCGUUCUGGAGCUUACACGAUAGAGAUCUAAUAUAUCCUACAUCUGAUGCCGACUGGCAAAGUUGUUGGAGGAGGAAUGGAGGAUGAACAAGGGCGGAAAGAGAAGCAUUGUUAACGUGUUUUCCUCCGAGCAGUACAUGGAUUUUAUAACUGUACAUGUAUAUUCGUAUGUUUUCUUUUAAUUUAUACUCAAACUUGUAUAUUCUUGUUCGAUAAUCAAUCAAAAAACAUUUUUAACCCUUGA